AUGGGUUUAAUAGUUACCAUACCAGUGCCAACAACGUCAGGCACGGUAUCCUCCCCCGAACGGCUCAGAACACCGAGACCCAGUCGGUUCACCCCCAGCUCCAAUCUCGACUGUACGGUUCAGCACCGGGGAGCCAACAGGGCGGUCUACCCAGUGGCCAGCGUCCAGCCCGUCGUCAGCACCCACAGCUCUGUCUCGAUCCGCCCCUCUCAUCACCUCUCGUCCCUUCCUCUUCCUCCCCCCGUUCCGCCUGUCCAGCUGUCCCCCCUGACUCACCCUGUGAUAGCACAGUGCUCCUUGGCUGGCGGAUGCGACCCCCCCUCCAUCCAGCCGUAUCCCCAACACAGUCAGCCCCACUCAUACUCCCUGCCCCACCUUCAUCCGCAAACCGGCGGUCAGGCCCACGCUGCCCAUUCCCAGCCGGCGUCCCACUCACACUGCCAGUCCCUCUCGUACCCCCAGUCCCAUUCCCUGUCUCGUUCCCAGUCCCACUCACAGGCAGCGUGCCCGUCCCAGCCCAAUGCUGCCGAGCAGAACGGCAUCCUGGACUGGCUGCGCAGACUUCGGCUCCACAAGUAUUACCCCGUCUUCAAGCAGCUCACCAUGGAGGAGUUCUUGGCGCUGACGGAGGAGGACCUGAACAAGUACGACCUGACCCAAGGAGCGAAGAAGAAACUCAGGACUCAGCUGGAGCUGCAGAAGACUCAACUUGAGCUACAAAAGGAGAUGCACAUGGAGAAGCGGCCCUGCAGCGGCAUCGCCAGGGUGACGCCCUCCAGUCACGUGGGUUCCUCGACACAUGGCACCUCCACAGCAGAGCCGCGGGUGGAGGCGGACGCCAUGUCUCAGCAUCACCCCGUCUCAGCAGACAGCAGCUCGUCUUCGGGCUUCUCCAGCUCUCCGUGCUCCGCCCGGGGGCCCCUCUGCUGGGACUCCACCUUCGACAGGACCAGAGACAUUCACAGGCGUGUGUCAGGUCUGGACCCAGCAGGGGGGGGUCCAGAGAAGGACCGGUCCUGCCUAUUCGUCCUGAACUCCAGCUGCCCCGCAGGCUCCAGUCGCCCCACGGCCCAGGUCCUGCCCGUGCAAACCGACCCGGCUCCUCUUCACCCUCCCUCCUGCUCCUCCCGCCUCCCCCUCGGCCUCCAGCAGCCCCCUUACCACCCGCAGGCCGGUUACCCCCAGACUCUGCUCUCCCCGGUCUCGAACCCGGCACGUAUCCUGAGUUCCCCCCGUAAGCCCCGGCCCCUUCCGUUCUGCUCGGAGGACAGGACUCAGGCGCCGGGCUCGGGCCCGCCUGCAGGCGGUGCCGGCUUCCUGUCGGGGCUCGGUGGGGGGGUGGGGGUGAGGCUGGAGAACCUGUUCCCUGGGCUGAACGUGGACGGCUCCCCGGCGCCACAGGACACGCUGGUUUGCCGCGGCCUGGCUGGAGGUGCCGUGGGUCUGAUGGUGGAAACCAGUUCUGCUUUAACCUCCACCUCCAACAGCCUGCACCACGUCUCUCACCCCCCGCUGCAGUUCCACCUCUCGUCCUCCUCCCCCCUUUCUCCAUCAGGAUACUACUCCUGCUCACCUGCGUCUUUCUCCUCGUCCUGUCCCGCCACAAAAUCCGCUGGCUCCGGCAGUAGUGGCGCUGGCGGCGGCUUUGUUCCCAUGGCAACCGCAAGCAGCGUUCCCGUGGCCGCGGUGCCAGGCAACACAUAUUUCCCGGCCUGUCCUCUCUCCAGUCCCCCCGCUUCGCCAUGCACUGGCUCGCCUCUAGAUCAGAGCUCAGGCCACACCCCCUCCACGUGUGUUUGCAGUUCCUGCGGUUGUCGGGGUAACUGUGGUGCCUACGGGGCGUUGCCUGGGUACGCGGCGGCCGGCUACCUGCAGCCGUUCUCGGCCGGCCCCUCGCUCUUCACCCUGGGUCCUCUGCUCCACCUCAGUCCCCUGAUCGCCUCGUCCAGCGGCGCCGGGAGCGCCGCGCCGCCCUUCUCCUACCCAAUGAUGGUGCCUCCGCCCCUUUACCGCCACAGCCCCGUGUCACACGACCAGCAGCAGAGCUUCGCCUUCUACCAGCCUCACGGCAUCAUGGGAAAUAUUGGCCAGAAACGGGCCCCGGGUAGUAGCGUGUCAUGUUACAACUGCGGCGGCCACGGACACCGAGCCGAGGAGUGCAAGCAGCCGGCGAUGGACUCGGCACAGCAAGGGUCCUUUCGACUCAAGUACACUCCUCAAUCGGACAGCAAGGACUUGGGGGACUAACCAGCGGAGACACCAGCGGAUUUGAGCCGUCGUACUCUCGACUGUGCCUCAUGUUCCUGGAGAAUAGAAGACACGGCCUCUGGGGACAAGGAUCUGAAGGCGCGGACCCGUCAGUGUUUUAGCAGCUCACGUAUUUUUUGGUUUUGUCUUUUCCGCUUUCGACCUUCUUCUGUUCUGCACGCGGUUUUCAUAAGCUCCGCCCUGUUUCACUCCAGAGACGUAGUGGAACUCCUCCUGUCAUGGUACCCAGGGUGCAGCAGCACAACCGGAGAGUCUCGGAAUCUGCCUUAAUGAUUCGGCAUUGAGCGUCUUGCAGGUGGCUCAUAAAGCAACCGCCUAGCAAACAACUACCGGGCGAGUUCAUGUCCGCUUGCUACUUAAUAUUUAAGGUUUCGCCAUUAGUAUUUGGAACCUUUUAGUUGCUUUCUCAUCCAUUCUCUUUAAAGAGGGGUUCAAAAAUUAUAAUAAUAAAAACAGUCAGUUUAAGGUUAAAUGUGGUACCUUAUUUUUCACGGCUUUUUUUUUUUUUGUAAAACCUCUUGUACAAAGAGUUUUAAGCACAAAACCAUUGGGAGCGCUCCAAAGAUGUUUAAACUAACUCUUAAGGAUCAGGUUAAACUGCGUGCCUUAAAUCCCGCUUUGGAUGUUUUCAGAAACAUUAUGCUGAACUAUUCUUUGUAAACAAGACGCCAUUUCGGUCUGUGUUAAGAUGUGGUAGCGGACCGUGGAGCUUUGUCACUCCAACGUGUCAUUGCCAGUAAAACGCUUGUUUCCUCCAACGCGGUUGAUAUCAUACGGACUCGUAGAAUUCCCAGAAGCAUCUUCCAUUGUUUCUCUCCCUCUAUGUGGGAUGGUUCCGAUGUUAUGGCUAAAAUUCCUAAUAGCGGAUUCACAACGUGAAUCGAUUUUCACUUCCAGAUCUCUACUGAUGAGUUCAAUGAAGUCAUAUUUUGAUGAGCGGGUCAGUGGUAAAGAAGACGGACAGUGUAGCAUCCAUGAUAGGGUACUUCUAGGUGGGUACACUCAAUGCGUAAUAGGGAGGAACACUUGAUGUGAACGGAACUUUUUGUUGGAUUACAAGAAAACUCGUCAGGGGACGUUUUGAAAGGAACCCGAUUCACAGGGUCUAGCAGCACAGAGACCACAGCUGACGAUGCAUUCAGGUGCCUACACAAGAUUUUGAACAAACAGAAAAAACUCGACGCCACUAAGGAUUUCAGUACGAGUUCCAUAUGUUACAGGUACCAGGAUCGGCACCCAGUAGGCAGAUGAUGAUGAUCCUGUGGACACAAAUGACACACAGCUCAUGCACGUCUGGUCAUUGCGCCUCGCUCCGCAGAAUGCCAUUUAUUUAACAUAUUCAAAUUUAACUGCAAAACAUAUGGUAAAUCUUAACAAAGUGGAAAAUAUCUCAGCACAGGAAAUGUUCGCUAGUUAUCUCAUACUAUAUGCAUACACGAUAUACAUAAAUACUAUAUAUACAUUGUUCACUGUAAACCAAUACACUGUGUAAACACAUUGGUGGGUGUCACACAUACAACAUAUGAUAGAUACGUUUAAGAGUCUCGGCUCACGCUUGGAAACUGGACUCCCUUUCCAGCUGCUGAGGGAUCAGCGGGAUUCAUCAGUUCAUUCAUUCGCGCCCGUGACGCCUGAAUCCAUCCCCUGUGGUUGAUCUGCAGCCUCUCUGCCUCUGGGCCAACCGCACAGGGAAAUGGCCUCCUGUGCCAAAUACUGGUCCCUCCAUCCAAAAACCAACAGAAUGCAACGGAAAACGUGUUCAGGGACUCUUCCUGUCGGUACAGAAGGACUUUGGAUCUUUGGAUCACCGACAUUUCAAAAGUGCCAAUUAUUUUUCCGUUUAGUUUGGUGGUUGUUGUUUUAUUCUCAUGUUGUCAAUGCAAGGGAAUUAAGAUCGACGGGAGGUCAAUCCUGAACUUGUAGUCACUCCCCAGAGAGGUGGAGCUGACUCUUUUUGUUAUAAAAGCAUUAUGUACAGUCUUUAUGCUAAACACAGUUUAAGUUGGGAAUAGUCUAAGUAAAUGAAAUGUUUCACGUGUGUUCAAGACUCAGUGAGUCCCUGGGCAGGACCCAGAGUUUUAUAGACACGAGGACAGCUCGUCCUCAAGAGGACACUGCCCCCGGAGGGCAAACCAGAGACGCAGUAUGUAUAUUUGAAAUGGAAAAUACUGAACAGCCAGUAUGUAUAACAACUUCUGUCUGUUACACUCAUCAUUUUGUAUGGUAUUGAAACUGACCCUUAAUUAAGAUCCGCCCAUGAAACGCAGGCUGGCCAAUCCCAAGCUCUCCCCAGUCCCAUAACGUUAUGUCUCUGUUCCACUCUCACAGUCCCUCCAUAUUAACUUCUUCUUAGCUAGGAAGGCUUGGUCGAGUAUUGGCAGGGGACGGGGGCUAAAGCAAGGGACAACGAUGUCCCGCAAAGAGGGUGCAGGAAUGUGUCCAUAAACCUGGAAAUGAGUCUGUAUUUUAAGCUCUCACGGCUCCUUUGGCCCAAUCCCAAUCUCCACCCUUACUGACUCACGCACUUUGAGGCGCGCUCCUGCUGAUUCCGUGAGGGUUCAGUUCACUUCCUCUUUCACCCCACGAGGGCUUGAGGCUCUCUGGCAGACAUUUUGAGCAUUUUAUGAACCUUUUUCUGUAAGAUGGUGACUUUGCCCAAGGGAAUUACCCACAAGUCAUGGCAAUGACGUUAAAAACGGGAUAACUUGUGAGAGCUUUGGAGACGUGAAAAAAAAAAAGGAUGACACACGUGUCUUUGGAUGACGUUAAAAGAGACUAUAUUUAUAAAUGCAAAAUCAAACCAAUUGGAGCAAAGGAACGUAAAACAUUAUUUUAAAUGACUUUUCGUUUAAUGAAUAAAGAGCCUGAAAUCGAAUUAGAGGGUAAAGACUUAAAUAAAUACCCUCAAUUGUAAAUCAUCUUUUUGAACGUUGUCAUGGUGACGCACAUGUGGCAUCAUUCACAUUUACAUCAUUUAAAGCCCUCACAGACUCUCACGCUCAACCAUUUUCCAACCCCUGAGGGUUUAGGGCUCAGGAUUCCUUUGAAUGGGUUACUGUUCGGAGCAAUAAGCUCUGUGGUGAACACAAGCCGAAGAGAGUUCUACAGCAUUCAAGACGCCAGUAAGGAGUUUUCAAGCUUUAACAUGGCUUGUAAGAUGCUAAACGUCCUACCUAGUCUACCCAUUACAGUCUUGCAUGUUCCACUCAUGUGACCGUGGUGUUAGUUUAUAGCCAAACAUCCUACAUUCAACAGAAAAUCCUGAAGAUGGUGUAGAUUUGCAAAAAAUGAUCUUGCCAACCAAAACGUGUAAACGUCGUGGCCUGUGUUUGCCACAGAGCUUAUGCAAGAAUCCCAAAUCCACUGGAAAAGUCCUACUGGCAUUGUCCAGGUAACCACAGUAAAGCUAACUUCAGGGCUGGCCUGCAAUAAAUAAAUAAAUACGGUUGUUGUUUUUUACUUUUUAAUUUAGCAGUUUCCUGAAACCAGACAUGUGUCUGAAUGUGCAAAAAGUGCCGGGUCAACUGAUCCUCAUGUAUGUCCUUUUGAAGUCAAAUGUGCUUUGGGAUUAUUUGUGUGCAAAUGUUUGAAUACAGUUCAUUUGGAGGUCAGAUUUUUUCAUCACUUAAUGUGUUUUUAAACAGAGGUGAGAAAUAAAAUAUUUUCUGAUUCUGUCUUUUA